CAGCCUGAUGGCCAAAUGCCAAGUGAUAAAACAAUCGGAGGAGGAGACGACUCCUUUAACACGUUUUUCAGCGAGACGGGCGCGGGGAAACAUGUGCCAAGGGCGGUGUUCGUGGAUCUUGAACCAACUGUUGUUGAUGAGGUUCGUACUGGGACAUACAGACAACUGUUUCACCCUGAGCAGCUUAUUACUGGAAAGGAAGAUGCUGCCAACAAUUACGCGAGAGGCCAUUACACCAUCGGCAAAGAAAUCGUUGACCUGGUGCUCGAUCGCAUUCGCAAACUGUCUGACCAGUGCACUGGGCUCCAGGGCUUCCUCAUCUUCCACAGCUUUGGGGGUGGCACAGGCUCAGGCUUUGCUUCUCUUUUGAUGGAACGAUUGUCAGUAGACUAUGGCAAGAAAUCCAAACUUGAAUUUGCCAUUUACCCUGCACCACAGGUUUCCACAGCAGUAGUAGAGCCCUACAAUUCCAUCCUGACCACUCACACCACACUUGAGCACUCUGACUGUGCUUUCAUGGUGGACAAUGAAGCCAUCUACGAUAUCUGCCGACGCAACUUGGACAUUGACCGGCCCACCUACACUAACCUCAACAGGCUCAUUGGUCAGAUUGUGUCUUCAAUCACUGCCUCUCUCCGCUUCGAUGGUGCCCUCAAUGUCGACUUGACGGAGUUCCAGACCAACUUGGUCCCUUAUCCACGCAUCCACUUCCCACUUGUCACAUAUGCACCAGUCAUCUCUGCUGAGAAAGCAUACCAUGAGCAGCUCUCUGUUGCAGAGAUCACCAAUGCUUGUUUUGAGCCUGCCAAUCAGAUGGUGAAGUGUGACCCUCGUCAUGGGAAGUAUAUGGCUUGCUGCAUGCUGUACCGUGGCGAUGUGGUUCCUAAAGAUGUCAAUGCUGCCAUUGCGACCAUCAAGACCAAGAGGACCAUUCAGUUUGUUGACUGGUGCCCCACAGGCUUCAAGGUUGGGAUCAACUACCAGCCACCAACUGUGGUUCCUGGAGGUGACCUUGCCAAGGUCCAGAGGGCUGUCUGCAUGUUGAGCAACACCACUGCUAUUGCAGAGGCCUGGGCCCGCCUCGACCACAAGUUUGAUCUGAUGUAUGCAAAGAGAGCGUUUGUGCACUGGUAUGUUGGAGAGGGAAUGGAGGAGGGGGAGUUUUCUGAGGCACGUGAAGAUUUGGCAGCUCUGGAGAAAGAUUAUGAGGAGGUGGGAAUUGACUCUGUUGGAGAUGACCCAGAAGGAGAGGAGUAG